CGAAGUAGUAGUCACUUUUGAAACGAAUCAUGUUUGGAAAGCUGUUACCUUGUGCCAUCCUAGUAUGGUGUCUGUUUUCCUUGGGGCAGGCCAGACAAGAGGAAACGGUUGAAGAAUGCGAAAGGAACAUCCCCGCAUCGCUGAAAGGACGCGUCUGUGAGCUUCGUCAGUACACGCCCGUGGAAGGGAAAGAUAUGGACAGUCACAUGCAGUGCGUACUGGAAGUGCUGGGCUUUGUGGAAUAUAACGGAGAACUUUUGUUCCAGGAGCUUCUUGGUGUGCUGAAAAUGGUUGAUCCCGAUGGGGAUCACGCUGGUAGUAUGAAAAAGUGUAACGCCGAAGCUGAGAAGGUGAAUACUUCUAGCAAGGCGAACACUUUCUACACGUGCUUUUUGGAUACGAGCUCGGCACAGGCAUUCAAGUACGCGGUGGACUACGUGGAGCUGCUGCGCGCUGGAAAGCUGGACAUGGGAACAACCUUCAACGCUGGCCAGGUGUCAGCGAUGAUGAAGGAAAUUGAUGAUGGGCUGUGUAACUGAUUGAUUUGCGAAUGAUUUGAAUAAAGCACAAUAUACUGAAGAG